AGUAAACAUUACGAGAGAGAGAGAGAGAUUAGUGAAGCAAAGAGUAGCCGUCACUUGGCAAAUUUUCAUCCAACAGUUUGGGGAUACCAUUUCCUCACCUACACUUCUCAACUCACGGAAAUUAGUACCCAAGAGAAACAUGAAAUUGAAGAGUUAAAAGAAAAAGUCAAGAAAAUGUUAGUGGAAACCCCUGAGAAUAGCACACAAAAACUUGUGUUGAUAGACACAAUCCAGCGAUUGGGAGUAGCAUAUCAUUUCGAUAAUGAAAUUGAGACAUCAAUGCAAAACAUCUUUGAUGCGUCCCAGUUACAGAGUGAAAAUCAAGACAACCUUUACGUUGUUGCUCUUCGUUUUCGACUGCUGAGACAACAUGGCCAUGGCAUAUCCUCAGACGUCUUCAAGCAAUUCACCGACCAAGAUGGAAAAUUCAAGGAAAUACUUACUAAUGAUGUCCAAGGAUUAUUGAGUCUGUAUGAAGCAGCACAUCUGAGAGUGCGCGGGGAGGAGAUUCUUGAAGAUGCUCUUACCUUUACCACCGUCCAUCUCGAGUUCAUGGUCCCCAACUUGAGCAACAAAUCACUUAAGGUUCAAGUUACUGAGGCGUUAAAGCAGCCCAUUCGCAAAACCUUGCCAAGGUUGGGUGCUAGAAAAUACAUAUUUAUUUACGAAAACAUUACUGAUGCACACACCGAUUUGCUUUUGAAAUUUGCAAAGUUGGAUUUUAACGCAUUGCAAAAGCUGCACCAGGCAGAGCUUAGCGAGCUUACAAGGUGGUGGAAAGAUUUAGAUUUUGCAAACAAAUUGCCCUAUGCAAGAGAUAGAUUGGUGGAGUGUUACUUUUGGACAAUAGGAGUGUAUUUUGAGCCGAAGUAUAAUCGCGCGAGAAAAUUGCUAACAAAAGUACUCAAAAUGACCUCCAUCAUUGAUGACACCUAUGAUGCUUAUGCAACCUUUGACGAACUUGUGCCUUUUACCGAUGCGAUUCAGAGAUGGGACAUUAGUGCCCUGGAUUCAUUGCCGCCAUAUAUGAGACCUGCUUAUCAAGCCCUCCUGGACAUUUACAAUGAAUAUGAAGAAGUUUUGGCCAAAGAAUGUAAAUCGGAUCACGUGAACUAUGCAAAAAAUGAGGUGAAAAAGUUGGUGAGAUCCUUUUUUAAGGAAGCCCAAUGGUUGGACGCUCAAUAUACUCCAACAUGUGAAGAGAAUAUGAAAAAUGCACUUGUAAGUUGUGCCUAUACGAUGCUUUCAACAACUUCCUUAGUUGGUAUGGAGGAAUUUAUAAGCAGAGAGACUUUUGAAUGGGUGAUAAAUGAACCUUUAAUCAUUCGAGCUUCAGCAGUAAUUAGCAGACUGAUGGAUGAUAUUGUUGGACAUGAAGACGAACAACAAAGAGGACAUGUUUCUUCAAUAAUUGAAAGCUACAUGAAAGAGAGUGGAGCUUCAAAGCAAGAGGCAUACAUUAAAUUUCGGAAAGAAGUCACGAAUGCAUGGAAAGAUAUAAACAGAGAAUUCCUCCGUCCUACUGAAGUACCAAUGUUUGUCCUCGAACGAGCUUUGAAUCUCGCACGUGUGAUGGACACUCUGUACCAAAAGAAAGAUGGAUACACAAACUCCAAAGGCAAACUUAAAGACAUGAUUAACUUGUUGUUUGUUGAAUCUCUCAAAAUAUGAUGCACCUUCCGAGAGCAAGUUCCCUCUACUUUAUCAGCAAAAAGAGAUCAGCAAUUGGAUUGUCUUUUUACUCAUGUUUCUUUUCAAUAAAACACAACAUGAAGUUGUACUA